CUGCGCACGCUCAGUCUCAAGCCGCGAGUUCAGCCGGACACCUGUUAGUGCUAUACGAGAAUAUUACAAGUGAAGCAACAUGGCGACGCAUCACACGACGAGCUUAAUCGUGCUCUUCGCAGCGUUAUCGCUGGCUGCCUGCGCCCAAGUGGAAGACCCAUGCAAGACGAAGGCUCGCGUGGUAGCAGACGACAAGUACUGCGACAAAUACUGGGAGUGUGACGGCGGACAGUCAGUGCAGUAUGACUGCCCCAACGGGCUGGUGUUCGCUGGCAAGCACAGAGGAGUGACCGAAGGAUGUGACUACCCGUGGAGGUCGAAUUACUGUGAAUACCCGAAGGUGCAGAUAAAUCCACCAAUCGGCACGGAGCACUGCGACUGGCUGUACGGUAUCUUCGGGCACGAGACCUCCUGCACCCGCUACUGGACAUGCUGGAACGGCACAGCCACCGAGCAGCUCUGUAUAGGAGGGCUGCUGUACAACGAGGUCGCGCACUCCUGCGACUGGCCGGAGAACGUUGACGGCUGUCAGAAACAUCCUCUCUGCAACGACGACGCGAACGGCAACGUGCCGCUCGGCAAGUCCUGCAACCGCUACUGGCAAUGCCAGGGCGGCUACCCGCGGCUGCAGCGCUGCCCGGCGAUGCUUGUGUUCGACCGCCGCUCGCUGCGCUGCGUCGUGCCGCCGACUGAGGACUGCGAUGUACCGACAACCACCCCACCCGCGCCGGAGGAGGAACCCAACACACCACAGAAGAGACCAAACAACAACGACUACCAAGACCAGCAACAAGGCCGCCCCAGGCCCAGAAACUAGGCCUCAAACCACACUGGUCCUAAGGCCUAAACUUACCUUACCAAAUCUUCAUAAUGCUCUUAAGAAUACUCUAAGUGACCAUAAUAUAUUUCCGUAAUUUCAGGACAUUCCAUUAUAUCCGCCUAUUUCUAAAGAAAAAAAAAUUGUAAGGUUAAACACCUUAUUAUUGGCACUUUA